GGUGCGGGCGUGAGGGAGGGAGCGAGCAGCGGGAGGGAGCGGGUGAGGCGAGGGUAGUCCCGCGGUAUCCGCGGCGCCUCGCCUUCCAGCGGGUUUUCCUUCAGAGAGCGGCUUUCCUUUUCCGCGGAGCCCCCGUCCUCCUCUCCGCCCCUCAGACGAAGUCCCCCGCCGCCCUCAGCCCGCUCCCGGUCCCGCCGCUAUGUCUCUCGGCCAGCGCCUGGCCCGGCUGGCCGCCCACCUGCAGGACCCGCGGAAAGUGGCCGCGUUCCAGCGGCUCUGCGGGGUGGAGGGGCCCUCGGGCUGGGCCGGCGCGGAGCAACGGGGGCCAGUGGCGAACGGUGGCCCCGCGGGCGGGCAGGCGCAUCCCACCGGGAACGGGGCCGUGCCCGGCGCGGCGGGAACCCCGCGGCGCUGGAGGAGGAGGCCGCGCCGAAACUCGCUGACGGAGGAGGAGGACGGCAGCCAGGAGUUCGCCACUCGCAGCCACGUCCUCUACUAUCUGUUCAGCCUGGGCACGGAGCUGGGCAACGAGCUCUUCUACAUCCUCUUUUUCCCUUUCUGCAUCUGGAAUUUGGACGCCUGGCUGGGCCGGAGGCUCAUCAUCAUCUGGGUGUGGGUGAUGUACCUGGGGCAGUGCACCAAGGAUGUGAUCCGCUGGCCGCGUCCUGCCUCGCCGCCCGUGGUGAAGCUGGAGGUCUUCUACAACUCCGAGUACAGCAUGCCCUCCACCCAUGCCAUGUCGGGCACCGCCAUCCCCCUGGCGCUCCUGCUGCUCAGCUACGGCCGCUGGCAGUAUCCCCUUAUGUUUGGACUGAUCCUGGCAUUCUGCUGGUGUUCUUUGGUUUGCUGUAGUCGAAUUUAUAUGGGAAUGCAUUCAAUUUUGGACGUUAUUGCUGGAUUUCUGUACGCUAUUCUUAUCCUGGUUAUCUUCCAUCCAGUUGUGGACCUGAUUGACAACUUCAACUUAACUUACAAAUAUGCACCCUUAAUUAUCAUCAGUCUCCACUUGGCGCUGGGCAUCUUCUCUUUCACCCUGGACACGUGGAGCACGUCACGAGGAGACACAGCUCAGAUCCUGGGCUGCGGUGCCGGCGUGGCCUGUGGCUCUCACGUCAACUACAUCCUGGGUCUGCAGCUGGACCCUCCUCCCCACACCCUGCCCUUGUCCCUGUCCUCCCUCACCGUGACUGUGUUUGGAAAGGCCAUACUGCGCUUGUUGAUCGGGGUCAUCGUUCUGUUGCUAACAAAAGUGGCCAUGAAGAAAGCCACGAUUCCUCUGGCGUGUAAAAUAUUCUGCAUCCCGCAGGGCGACGUGCGGAAAGCCCGGCAGCGCAUGGAGGUGGAGCUGCCCUAUCGCUACAUUACCUAUGGAAUGGUGGGCUUCUCCCUCAUGUUUAUUGUCCCUUGCCUCUUCCAUUUCAUUGGUCUUUCCUGAUGCAGUCUGAUCACUUUGGGUAGGGAGAACUGAGCUAAUUGCUUUUUUGAAGAGGUCACUAGUUUGCUAAGGGAAGGCCAGCCAGCUUGGAUUUAGCAGGGCCUUCCUAUUAACAGCAAUACAAAGCAAGCAAAGCAUUUAAAGGGCUUUGCACAUCUCUGGGGAUGGUUUAGGGCCAGCAGUCAAGCAUCAGUCCAGGAGAAGUGCUGACCUCUGUAAAUGCUGUUUUUUGGACUUAUUGCUGUAACCAAGUCUGUGUGUGUGUGUGUGAUGCAGUGAAUGUAUCUGGGAUGGCUGCCAGGCUGUACCUGUGUACACUGACACUUCAGCAGGUGUGUCUGACAGCUGAUCAGAAGGCUCCAUUCAUGAUCUGUUUGCCAUUUCAUGGUAAUUAAUUCAAGUUGUUGGACCAUAAACUGUUACAUUUGCUUUCUUCUGUUCUUUCCUGAAGUCCUGCUUCAAGGUAUUUCAAUUAAUAGGGAUUUUUAACGGACCAAACUCGUAAUGAGGGUGAAUUUUUCUAAAUAAACAAGCAAAAGCCUUUUUCUUUAGCCCCCUUUGCAGAGAAAAAUGUCUGUAUUAGCAUUGGUAGAUAUCACUAGAGUAUAUAUAAUUCAGGUACUGUAUUUUAUGGUUUAAUAACUGUGCCUUUCUGUUGCUAAAUUAAGAAAUGCCAUAUAUACUGUGAUGCAAAAACGCCUAAUUUUAUGGAAAAUCCUACGUAAUUAGGCAGAUAUUAAAAAAUGUUAAUUGUCCAUGUUGCUGACAUGGUCCAAGUUAACCAGAAUGUCCAGUUUUUACUGAUCAGAAUUGCAUAAAUGAAAUGACCCAGGAAUUGUGUCCUUGAGCUCAAGAUAUUGUAAAUGAACAAUAGUCCCUUUUGUAAGUAUUUUUAAUGUGUAUUGUAAGUUACUGCAAGAGGAUAUAUUUUUCUGGAGAUUGUUUAUACAGUGGAUGGAUAUUCAAAAUUAAUUAUUUAAACAUAUAAACAAUAAAAGCACCCCAUUCUGCAAAGAAAUGGGCUUCACUUAUUAUUCCAAACUAAUCUAGAAGGACCACUGCUUUUAGGUAUUUGGUUAGAAAAUAUUAUUCUAGAAAAAUUUGUAUUUUUAUGCAUUAACAUACUAUAUUUAAAUGUGAUGAUCACUUUUACCUGAUUUAGAUAGUUAUAAGACAAUGUAACAAUUAAAGUAAACUUGUAAUCAUUCUGAUUGACAGAUUGUGAGGAGUCAAGGCAGUAUGGUCAACGCAUGAACGGUUUGUGAUGUCUAAAUUUGGCAGGAUUUUAUUAUGUGCUUUUGAGCUUUUCAUGAUCCUUUUCCCUUCAAGUGUAAUUUCAUGUGCCUUUUUUCUGUUUCAUUUUGUCUUGUUCAUGUGUUGCCUGAUCUGUUCUUUCCAUGUCAGGAACACUGCAGGAAGCGCUGUCUUAGUGUCUGAGCAGACACAAAUUACUUAAUUUUGUAUUGUACUUGUUUCGCAGGAAAAGCAUCAUUUGGUUGGCAAAUAUGGUGAUUAGAUAGAAUACAAAGCCUACAUUUCUUGUAAGCAGUAUUUGGUUUUAGAAGGUUUUUUGUGUUGGAGAUCUCUCCAAGCUGUUAAUAUGGAGAUUGGAGAUUGACAAAAUUAACUUCGCUUUCUUUGAAGCAGAUGAGGUUUAUGGUAUGCUGGCACUGGAUGAUGUGAAAAACUCCACUUUUCUGGUGCAUUUCUGCUGUGCAUCCUGAAUGCACUGCUAUGAAUGUAUUCAAACUGAGGUAUCCAAAACUGAGAGUGUUCAACAACUUCCACAGCUGAAAAGACCUUACCCAGUAGAAAAUGGUUAGCUUGUUUCAGUGUGUAUUUCUGGAUUUGAUUUUUGUGUCCAUUCUUCUUUUGCAGUUCAAUGCAGAAUGUGCAGUAAAAGGUAAAAUUGGUUUCUGGGGUUUUGAGAGUGGGAUUUCCACUGAUCUGGCUUCACACACCAAGAUAGACAUUAAAUACAUAGCUGGGGGAAUGUACACAAAAUGCCUUAUGCUUAAAGCCCUAAGCAAGUGGUGUAGUUUCAAUUAUAUUUAAUUAGUCUGAGGACUGUUAAAAAUAAUAGGAUAACUUUCUCUGAAAUUUAGAGCAUAUUCUCCUUAAAUAUCCUAGCUUUACAGUUUAUAGCAAAAAUGUUUAAAUUCUAGCACAGAAAAGGUAAGUCAGUAAAACUAUUUUUUUAAGGUACAUAUUGGACUUGUAGAAACCAAGUUUACAUCAUAAAGAGCAUAAUUAAAGUUGUAUUUUCUAGCUUGCUCUCUUGUAGUAUUGAUGGAACAUGAGAUGUACUGUGGAGGAUCUGGAAGGGGUGAAAAGAUCACACAGAGCUUUCAACAGGCUAAGGAAAAUUGUACUGCAGCUUAUUCUACUGUCAUAAAUUUAUUUUUUAUAUUUUUAUACAAGACAUUGAGUAAGUUCAAAAUGUCGUGUUCCAUUUUCCACUGCCCAGGAAAUGUCCAUCAGAAUGUCUAUACAGCAUCUUCAGCAACUACUUCACUGAUGUUUACAUGAGAAAAAGUUCUACUGUUCUGUUUUCAUGUUUUAUAAGGGGUUAGGCUUGAGAGGGCAGUUAGCACAAAAUGUCAUGUGAGUACCUUUAGAGGAUAAAGAAUUACAGACAUGCAACUGCUCAAAAAUCCAAGUAAAGUAUUUGUAUUGUAGUAUAAUUUUGUUUACUGAUAAGCUAAGGUUCCUUGGAAUUGGGCAUAACAAACAGCAGGUAAAACUGGAGCACUUUCUUUGCCCUAAUCUAUUCUUAAACAUAAAAAGUAUUUCUAGUGUGAGCACCAGCUGGUACCAAAUUCUUUAUAAAUAAAGUUAACAUAGCUUUAAGAGGUAGUCAAAUGUCUUUCCAGCAGGAAAAAUGCUUGAAAACCUUUAUGACGUGGUGCAAAAACAUCCUGCUAGUGAACUCCCUCAGUCCCAGAGAGAAAUAUACUUCAUAGAACCAGGUAUAAAUGCACACUUGCUACAAAAAGCUGCAGGCUAAAUUUGCCUUUUUUAAUUAUUGUGUGAAAUAAACCUUUAAACCAACAGGCAGGUAGAGAGCAGUUUGACACAAAAUUCUGUUUUCCAAGAGGCCGAAGAGAUGCAAAUUAGUCUGAGACUGCCUUAAACAUAGGAGCAGGAUUUUUUCUGGCCUGGCCCUCACUCAGAACUGACAUGUGCAUCUUGGGUGAGUUUUAGAAUCUGUUAUUUUGGAAAAAUGUUUCAUGUUGAUAAAAAAGCAUUGCUUUUGCUUUCUCCUGUGUGAUCACCUCUGAAGCUGUUGGGUCUGAGCAGGAGGUAGAGGAGUGACUUGCAGGUAAAUUGGCAAACCAAAGGGAGUUGGGUUUUCUUUAUUUAUUUGGACUUUUUUAAGGUUAUGUACAGCAUUUCUCCUGGAAAGAAAAACCAAACAGAAAGAUGCAUUUCUUUUAAAAUGGCAUCUCCAAAUGUGAUAUGUGGCUUUUGUGUUGUUAAUUAUUUUUCUUACCAGAACAGUGUUAAAUUGUCUGGAUAUUAGAAGCUAAUAUGUUUUCUUUUGGUUUUGGUUUUUUUUUUGUUUUGUUUUGUUUUUUUAAUUACUGCUCUCAGUAUUUUUUACUCCAUUUUUUGCUUAUUUCUGAGAGAGUGUCCAGAACUUCUGUCAGCAAUUGCUACUUAUGUGAAGAUUGUAAUUUUGAACUUGUAAAUAAUUAAGGGUUGUUAGCUGAAAAAUAUAUAAAAACAAAUCUUUGCAUGCUGUAAGUAAAUACAUCUGUUGUGCUAAAAGUUGUUUCGGUUUCAGUAUUUGCUUUCUCAGUAAAAAAAUCCAGUUUUCACAGACAUUACAGAAGAUAUUUAAUAAUUCAAUGGUAUGAAGGGGCAUUGCUGUCAAACUCCUGCUAAUUUUACUGGGAGUUCUGCACUUGGUUCCUUCCGCAGGACACUGAGAAUGAAGCCUGAAGGGCAAGUGCUGACCUGUGAGCAGGCUCAGUGAGUGUGAAGUGACUCAGCUCUAAAUGUGAUAGCCUUGCUUUUGGGUGAUUUUCCUUGUUAAAAUCACACUUAGCCCUGUUUUUGUGAGAUUGCUAAAGGGGUCAGCUUGGAAGUCCAUUCUCUGUAGGUGGAACUGGCUGCACAUUUCUAACAUUUCCCCCUCUGUACCAUAAUUCUGUGAAUGAAGAGACCCCAGAAUAAAGUCAGUAGAUAAAAUGAGAGGAGAAUUGAUUUCUUGGGGUAUUGUGACUCAACUUACUGUAAUUGGUUCUUGAGUGGUUCUUUGGUCUAAAGUAGAAUGUUUGUUGGUUAUAUAAUUUAUUUCUGUGUUCUACAAACAGCUUUGAGGAAACUUAACUUUUUUGUGGGAGGAAGUUGAAUGACUUCUUGCCAGACCUCAUUCUGCAGGAAAGAUAAAGUGGCCUUUUGUUUCAGAAAAAAAUAUAUGAGCCUGUUAUAAAAUUUACUGCAAAUGAUAUAUUUGUCAAAUUGAUAGAUUAACUGGGUCACUAACAUCCUUGUUCUUGCAAUACUGAACAAAGGCAAUGAAAGCUGAAUUUGGAAACAAAAUGUGAUAGUGUGUGGCAGAGAGGACAAAGCACUUUAGGUGUUCUCUAAAAAGCAAGUAUCACAUGCUGGUUUUGAAGCAAAUUUAGCCAUGCAUUAGAAAAAUUUCUUUGCACUCCAUUCUGUACCAGAAAUUAUUUGCAUGUUGGUGAGAGGCCUUGUAAGGAAAGAAAGAAAAGCAGGGGGUGCUUGCAGUGUAUGAUCAGUAACUGUUCCUGUAGGAUCAGAGGAGAAGAGAGGGUACCUGGGAUAACAGUACCUUAAAGAUACUGACUAGUAAAUGUAAAUAAUUCCCAUCAGGUUGGAGAAUUUUAUGAGUCACUGAACUUUGACUAAAUUAGUCACUAAGUUUGCCCACAAGUUUAUUUUUGUUAGAAAGUGUAAUGAAAGAUAAGAGUGAUAUUACUGAAAUGGAAAUUAGCUCUUAAGACAAUUCUAGAUGACUGAAGUAUCAAAACUGAAAAAGAUCAGUUCAGGAGCAAGUAAUGGGAACAGUAAGAGUAGAGUCUGAGGGGGAUUUUGUAUUAAACUUAAUGCACUUAAAAAUUAUGCCAAAAUUUGGCCUACACUUGAUUUAUAUGAAAUCUGUAGUACCAUAUAGAUAUAUAUAUUAAAAAUAUUGUGUAUUGGAUCUUAAUUUUUUUAAUGUAUAGAUUCUUUUUUUUUCUGUUUACUGCAUUCCCUGAUAAAAGGAAGUUGAUAAAAUACAAACCAGCAUUGUCUGAAAGGUAAGGCUGUAUGUUAGUAGCCUUUUGGGAAAUAAUGCAGUUGUAGCCCAGUCUUUCAACCUCUUGGAACUUGAUUUAAAAUAAAACCCAAACAAUUGAGAUGCGAGCCCUAAGCUGAGGAUCAUAUAAUGUUUGCUGUAUAAUAGUGUACAACUGAUGUUUUAAAAAUUAAUACAUCAGCACUUUGUUUUACUCUUAUUAAUGAUUUUGUACUCAUUGUACACUUCCUGAGUUGUCAGUUUAGCUUAUAUUGACUGGUAACUGAAGUGUCUAACUUCACCUGCAAUGUGUGGGUAAUAAA